AUGUUGUUGGCCAUCAAUCCAGAAUGGCAAACUAGAGCACGAGAGGAAGUUCAAGAAAUUUGUCAAGGACAAAUGCCUGAUGCCGACAUGAUACAGAAGAAGAAAGUUUUGACUAUGGUAAUCUACGAGUCUUUGCGUUUAUACCCUCCAGCACCCCUCAUAUCAAGAGAGUCCUUCGAAGACUUAAAAUUUGGGAAUAUUAACAACCCAAAAGGGCUUAAUGUUUGGACAAUGUUCUUAACAUUGCACUAUGACCAGGACAUUUGGGGACCAGAUGCUCAUGAUUUUAAGCCUGAGAGGUUUGCAAAUGGCAUUAGUGGCUCGUGCAAGCAUCCCCAUGUGUCUUUGCCUUUUGGUGCUAGUGCUUGUAUAUGUUUGGGACAACACUUUGCCAUGUCUGAGCUUAAAAUUCUGCUUUCUUUACUAUUGUCCAAUUUCUCAUUUUCCUUGUCACCCAAGUAUAGGGAUUCACUUGUUCUGACUGUCACCUUUAGGCCUGAACAUGGAGUGAACUUGACCAUGAGGAAGCUUUAA